GCGCGCGGCUCUACUGUUCAUAUCAAUAUGGCUUCUGUCAGUCACACAAAGGCAAAUGAUAUUUUGCUGUGAAAUGCGGGUUUGGUGAUUAAAGAGGAAGGCAGGGAGAGGGAGAGAGAGACUCGGAAGGAGGCUGUAGGACAUGUCGCUGUGUGGUUGCUGACAGAGGGACUUUAACGACGCCUUUUGCUCCGGGACCAAAAUUACUGCUAAAUAAAUUAAAUGUUAUGGUGGACGGAGGCCCAGCUGAAGAAUGUCACAUUACACCGACGAGCCUCGCUUCACCAUCGAGCAGAUCGAUUUGCUGCAGCGGCUGCGCGGGAGCGGCAUGACCAAGCAGGAGAUCCUGCAUGCGCUGGACACACUGGAGCGUCUGGAGCGCGAGCACGUGCAGAAGUUCGGCCUGCGCCACUCCUACGCGGGAGGGACGAGAGGAGGAGGAGGAGGCGUCAGCAGCCACGGCAGCUCCAAUUCUGCCGCUCCGUCCAGCACCGCUCCCACUUCGUCCUCAUCCGCCUCCGUGGCUACUCAGACCGUUUUCCACGGAGGCACUCCAUCCCCGUCUCCAACCAGCUACGACACCUCUCCGCCCCCCAUCACUGUGCCCAUGGGCGUGGUGGCGCCAGCGGCUCAGAACGGCCGUGACGGCUUGGCGUCUGUCAGUAAUGGGAAGCUCUCGCCUCCCCAGUACCCCGUACCCACUCGGGCCUUUGGCUUCGAGCCCGCUGAGGAGGAAGUGGACAUCGAUGACCGGGUGGAGGAGCUCAUGAGAAAGGACAGUAACAUAAUUAAAGAGGAGAUCAAGGCCUUCUUAGGGAGCCGGAGAAUUUCACAAGCCGUCGUCGCCCAAGUCACAGGCAUCAGUCAGAGUCGGAUCUCCCACUGGCUCCUGCAGCAGGGUUCCGAUCUGAGCGAGCAGAAGAAGAGAGCCUUCUACCGGUGGUACCAGCUGGAGAAGACCACGCCCGGCGCCACUCUGGCUAUGAGACCCGCCCCCAUGGCGCUGGAGGACAUCGUAGAGUGGCACCAGAGCGCUCCGCCCAUCAACUGCAGCCCCGGGAGCUUCCGUCUGCGCCGCGGCAGCCGCUUCACCUGGAGGAAAGAGUGUCUGGCUGUCAUGGAGAGUUACUUUAACGACAACCAGUAUCCCGACGAGGCCAAGCGGGAGGAAAUCGCCAACGCCUGCAAUGCUGUGAUACAAAAGCCAGGAAAGAAGCUUUCUGAUCUAGAGCGGGUCACGUCUCUAAAAGUGUACAACUGGUUUGCUAACCGACGAAAGGAGAUUAAGAGAAGAGCCAAUAUAGAAGCAGCAAUCCUGGAGACUCAUGGGAUCGAUGUGCAGAGUCCAGGCGGUCACUCCAACAGCGACGAGAUCGACGGUAAUGACUUCAGCGAGCCGGGCGCAGAGCCGGGGUUAGGGACGGACGAGAGCACGGGACCGAGCGAGCACCAGGACCCCAUCAGCCUGGCGGUGGAGAUGGCGGCGGUCAAUCACUCCAUCCUGGCGCUGUCGCAGCAGGGCAGGGGCGGCAACGACGUCAAGGCCGAGGUGCUCGAUGAUGACUGAGGACUCUUCCACACACACACACACACACACACACACACAUACACACACACACUUUCACACAUACACACCGUCACAUUUACACUGUAUCUGCCAAAGGAGGAGACGGUGCUGGGGUGAGGAGGUGGGGAGUGAUGUGACUUUAAGACUCGCUAGUUUUGCUAGUUUUUCAACUCAACCUCAUGCAUUGCCUUUCAAUUUAAGCAUUUUAAUAACCGCAUAUGUUCAAACUGAAUGUAAUAUUUUUGGGAAUAUUAAGCAUUUAAUUACUUCCGUUUAUGCAUCUAAGCUGUUCUGUUUAGUCCUCCUUUUCUUUGAAAGCCUUGUGGGAAACUAAAACUCUUAAAUACAUGCUAGUCAUGCUAGUUCAAUUCCUCAGGCCUUCGUGAACAAACAAAGCCAUUCAUUUGGGAAAAGGGAAGAUGCUCUGUCGUGACUCAUGACCAGAGCUGAAGAGGAGUCAGUUAAUCUCACAUUAACCCAAUCGACUUUCCUCCUACAGCCAUAAUCUGUUUAUUGUAAAAUUUAAACAGAGGUUCUGUGAAGUAGAAAUGCACUACUGGUCGAAUUUGUGCAUUAAAAUCACAAAAGUUUUCCUUUAAAGGAGCGGUUUGUCAUUUUCAGCCCCCUGUGAAUUAAAUUACAGUUGCAGUGAAAACAUUGACGCAUCUCCCAUUUGCUCCGCACUGACUCCACCCCCUUUAUUGAAACCUUUUAGGGAAAAAGGACAGUUGGAGGCGGAGCUAAUUUCCAGGCCAGAAAUAUUUAAACACAAGUCUGACAUGCAGAAACUGGAGAAAUUCAUGGCAGUGUUGCAAUUCAGGUUUUCUUCUCUUUAAAGUUAGAUGAUUAUUACAUUAUUACGUAUUACAUUCGAUGAUUAUUACAAAGACUAAUUAAAAAAUGGCACCUUUUACGGCUGAGAAAUGAAAUUUGCAAUUUCUAGUGCGUCGCAGAUUUCUGGUGCGAAUAAAAGUUCUAAUUAAUAAUAAAUUUAGCUAAUUUUAUACUGUAUGUAAUAUUUUCUGACCUGACAAAUUAUUCUAUAUUAAAAAAAAGAGGUGUGGGAUGCAGCUCGUCAGGAGGCGGGAUUAGAUUAGAUUAGAUUAGACUUAGACUAUCUUACUUCUGUGUUUUUACUUUUUAUGUUGGGCGAGUUGACUAUCAGCUCAGACAGGUUAGCAAGCAAAGUCGAUUGACAAGGUAAAAGCGAAGGUAAAAAGAUGUACAAGUGUUUGCGUUUUCGUCACAAUUGCUUUAGCACUCCUAAAAUUUUUUGUCCCCCCAAACUUUAAGUCCCAUUUCACACACCUAGUGUGACUUCACUUUUAUUAGAACAUUUUUUGAUUAAAAAGUGUCACUCCUCCACACGGUUUUCCUUCUCUGGAGGGAUGUAUAAACCCUCUGCUAUCUCUUUCUCCGUCUCCUCCUCUGUAAGAAAACACUGAUUUACAUCACUUCCUGGCCUGAUGUAGUGGCCUCUUGCCGUCUAGCUGCCUGUAAACAUGAAUCUCCUCAGUAGUAAGAUGUGGUCCUGAGAUCACAUGAGCCUUAUCAAUGAUCACAUGCUUCAUCAUCAUCAUCAUCAUCAUCAUCAUCAACACUCGCCCAGGGUCUGCUACACGUCUUUAGGCUUCUUUAAAAGCAAUCGGACAAAUGCUGUUAACCGUACCAUGUGUAACCUCAUAGUAUUCCGUAUCAGGGUGCUGUACUGAACUCUGCAGAGUGUCGGGUUUAACACCGAGGCCCUGAUUUACUGAGAAUAACGCACGUAAAAUGUGGGCGUGGUUUUACAGGUAGAAAACAAUAUGUAAAUUACGUCUAUACGUCUACCGUAAGGUCAAAUAAAAACUGUACAAAUUAUUAACGCAAAUUAAUUGUUCUCUUCAUAGGGUACAUUCUGUACUCUUUAUCUUUUGUACCUUUAAUAUGUGUUUUCUCGUUACAUGUAGUGGACGUGCUCUCAGAGUGGGAGGGGCUUACUGUCUUCUCCUGUCAAUCACGACGACACUAGCCAAUCCUGGGCGUCUGUGAGAUCAUGUAUUAGGAAGAGGGUGGAUAGCGUUUUCAGAAAGAUGCAUAUUAAAGGUACAAACAGUAUACGCUUGAUUCUUCAACCCCUGUGAAUAGGAAUGGUACAGUUCAGUACAGUUUUUUUUUUUUUUCCAGAGAGUGUAGAGUGACUAAAAACCGUUUCACAGCCUCUAUUUAAACACUGGUGUCACGGUUUUUAAAACAAUGCCACGGUUAUACUCUAUAACCAUGUAACAAGCUUCUUAAUCAUUCUGAGAUUGUUAAAGAUUUUUAUUGUAAAAGCCUAGUGUACGGUCUAAAUUUACCUGUCAAACGGAAUUCUGCAAAUUUAAUACCUGCUGUCCGGUUGUAUUAAUGAAAGCCGCUCCUGAAGUGGCUUUCGGGUUUAAUAAAUCACACUGUAGGUGCUAAAUUAAUCUGUUUGCAUCGAGUCCGCUCUGCACUUGUACAUAGAAAUGGCCCAAAACGCAAUAUUACUGAAGACAAACACACACAACCGAUCAUUUGUUCAUUUGAAAGUCGCAAUCAGGUUGUGCGUUUUUUUUUUUUUUUUUAUACACACGCAAACCUUUUAGUAAAUCAGGGCCUGGCUCUGUAGGAGCAUCGAGUAGCGCUCGGACUGGAGGAUGGACGCAGGCGAAUGUUCAGAGUGUGUACAGACAGUGCGUGCAAACACGGCAACGUAACAUUUUAAGGCCCAUAAAUAACUUCAGUCCACAUUUCUCAGUUAAGAUGGUUUGAACAGUUUCAUCCAAACUGCAGUGGAAUUUACCAAUAAAAGGAAAACGUUUGGCCAAAAACAUCGUUCUUGGCUGAUCCAGGGUUAGUGUGUAAAUGUAAUUUCUGACCAAUUUCAAUGUGAAAUGCAGCCACAAUCAGAGAUAAGCUUUCAAUUUAGCGUUUAUAACGAGAUUGAAUGAACUCCGGAAAUGUUAAAAUUCAGUUUUCAACUUGGAAGUAAAAUUGUGGAAGUGAAAAAAUGCAAAACACACAGCUGGAAUGUUCACCAGUUAGGACUAAGCUAAAUGUGUUGGAAUUUUCUCUUUCAUAAUCCUCGAUUUCAGGAAAUAAUUUCAAUUCUGCUAUUUGUAUUUGCAUAUUAUUUUCUUUGCGUGUUCCUCUGGAGUGUAAAGCUCCCUAAAAUUUCACACUUUUUUCUUAUCUUUAAUUCGGGAAGCAUAUUUCACUUUAGGGUUCAAAUGUGAAAUCAAAAAGUGGCAUUUGACAAUCUUUAAUUUUCUCGAGAUCACACUCAGUGUUCCACUUUCUUUUUUUUUGUGUGUGUUUCAGCUUCAGCUGAUGUUUCGCUGCACUUAAUAUUUAUUUCAGUACAUUUGAAGUCGUCAGCUCAAGUCUGACAUCCUUGACCUCGGAUAGUAAUCCCUUUAUUCAUGAUCAGUCGAACGUCUAGCUGUUUUUGUGUUUGUAUCACAAUCCACUCUUUACUGAUGAUGUCCAGAGAGGAACCCAAAUGGUACCAGAACCCAAAUCCUCCGAUCAGGGUGGACGAGCAGUCAGCAGUUUCUGUUUGACGGGAAAUCAGGAGCUUGACUGUCCUGUCAAUCUGUUUAAUAUGUGAAUAUAUUAAAAAUAUAUAUAAAUAGAAAUAUUAUAUGACGCAAAUACUGUUGUAUCAACUACAAAUAGUUAAAUCCUGUAACUCCUAUUUCAGAAUUUAGUGCCUUUUUUUGGACAGUAGACUGUUCAGUAAUUAAUAUGUAGUAUAUGUAUGCUUUAUGACUUUUUUAAGACUUUUUUUUUAAACCUGUGUUUAUUUUAGUACUGUAUCUUCUAGAGAAUAAAGUCUAAAUCAAUGACAA